UGUUUGUUUAGUUCAUGGUGGUUCAUAUUUUAACAUGGGAAAAUGUUUUCAUUUAUUUAGAGGUAUUGUAUUUGUUCAUUCCUGAUCUUGUUUAAUUGUUCAUGCGUUCAAAAUGUAUUUCCUGCUCACAGAUCCGGAUGUUCACCGGUGAAGGCUUUAAUUGAUUCACUUCCUCGUCUGUCGAGUUCGUGUUUGUUUGUUCAUAAUGUUGAAAGUGUUGAGCAGAUGUGAUGCUCGUGUUCAGAGUGUGCUUGAGGUGGAUUUACAGUCUGAUCAUGAUGUUUGUGGAAGUGUUGAGGACACAGUUAAAGCUGAACUGGCUGAACACAGAUCAGUGUUGUGCUGUCUGGAUGCAGCAGGUAAACUGCACAUUAAAAACACCUCUGACAGCAGUACACCACUGCACACCCUGCAGGAGACCUUCUUAACUUUUUGCUGGGAAGUGCUGUCAGAGCGCACCAUACAGGAUGUGAACCCAAAACUCCUGGCAGUCGAUUCUCAGUAUAAUCUGAGACUUUAUGAACUGGAUUGUCAUGAUCAGAUGACCCUUGUGUGUGAGAGCCCGUCUGAUACUCUUCUGCAGUGGGUUAAAGACAAACACACGGACAUGUCGGAGUUGGUAUCCGUGAAGCCGCUGUCAUUCACUGAUGACUGCUGUGUGCUGCUGGUGAACGCUGGUGUUCUGGUGCAGCUCAGGUGGGCGGUCGAGUCUUUACAGCUGCAGAUGAUGUCCUGCUGUCAGCUCAGUUUACCCCUUCGGACGCAGGACGCGUGUGUGGACUAUCAGCUCUGCCGCGGCACGCUGUUUAUUCUGCUCCGUACCGGACUUGCAUAUGUGUUUGACAGUUCUGACGGUAAACUCAUGGCAACGGUGGAUUUUCCCUCAUACUGUGGUACGGGAAAAAUGGACCCCCUCACGACCUUUUGUCUGUUCCACAUCUCGCGUGACCUCAGUACAGCAGUUACAGUCACCCGUCUAAACCAAGCCUUCGCCGUUGACCUCAACGACUAUUUCCGGACGUUUCCAGAUAGUCUUUGUUGUCGUACGACCCCGAGUCCCCCGUUUCUCAGGCCUGUGGAGCCGUGGGACCAAGAUAGCCUGUUAAGCUCCGCCCACAGCCUGUCGGUACUGGACACACAGUUUCAGACAGACAGGUCAUGGGAGUCCCGUUUGUCUUCUCUAUAUAAUCGAUGUAAAGCCCCGGACCGACCAGCGCACAGAUCACCCUGGUACAGAGACUUCCCACAUGUGGAGUGUCGUCGAGCAGGGGCCGCCGCAAAACUCUCGCAGUCCUCCGUGAAGCCAGGGGGCGCUGUGGCAUCUUUUAACGUGCCUCAGGGGGCCACAGCGACGAUGCUGAAUGUAUCCGAGUUCUCCGUGGUGGUUACGUUUUUUGACCCUGGAAAAGCAAACACAGUUCUGGCCUACUGGGACCUGGAGGGGCAAAAUGUCACGUACCACUGCGCGGAUACACCUGCCGUACCUGUCAAACACUCCGCUGACGAACACCUGUGUCUGUUACUGAAGGUGUCGGGUCUGUCUGUGGUUUUGUUUUGUGUCACUCAGGAUGAACUACUGAACAGACUGAUGGUUUUCGGCACCGCUGGAACAGUCGACUCACUCUGUCAUCUGAACACAUGGGGGCGCUGUUCAAUACCAAUACAUGCUCUGCAGGCUGGGCUGAAAAACCACCAGCUGGACACAGUCGAUUUCUUCUUUAAGAGUAAAGAGAAUAUCUUGAUUCCUCCAUCUGGGUUUGUUCUUCCCAAUCAAACAUCGGCCGUCUCAACCCAAACCCAGUUGAGGAAUGUUCAAGCUCUCUGUCCAGCGUUGGAUUUGCUUUGUUCUGCGAUACGGGACACGCACACGGAGGCCCAGAGUCGACAGUUCUGUGAACAGCUGCUCAGUAUCGCGCUAAACUUUCUCAACAUGCAAACCAGAGUCCUGCUCACCGGAGCACACGAGUUGGAUGCACACCUGCAGGAGUGUGUGCAGAUUUUAGACCACUAUAUCUCAGACCUGCGCGGAUUCAUGAAGAAGUUUCCCUGGCCAGAAGGGGGCGACAUUCAGAACCUCAUAUCUCCCGUCAUCCUGCCAAACACAGCCGCAGAACAAGAGUGGCAGUCGCUGUCUGAUGAGGAAGUUGUCCAGAGUGCUGUAUUGAGCAGACAGAUCCCACAAGCGCAGGCAUACCUGCGCAGACGCGGUUCUGUUGAAUGCAGUCUGGACGACAUCAGACAGACUGGACUGAGACACACCUUUAACUGUCUCACUGUCAGAGAUCUGCAGCGGGCCAAAAUACUGCUCACAAACAUGGGGUUUAAUGUGAAAGAGCAGCUUCACAGUAUCUGUGUUUACACUUCUGAUCGGGAUCUAAGAGCCUUCAUGGUUGAAGAGCUACAGAAGCAGAAUUAUCUCUCGGGUGAAGAACUGGAGCAGGUGGCGUUCAUCAAAACCAUCGAGAACUUGUGCGCCACACCUGCGAAACGAUGCUCGAACCCUCUGGACACCAACAGGGUUGUGCAGAUGACCUGGUCUGACCCUCAGAGCAGAAGACUGCUGGAGAAGAUCAUGCAGGAGUCAGCGCCGUCGUCCUCCAGCUCUUUACUGGAGUCUGUGCGUCUGGACUGGGUCAGAAACUGGGACAAAGACACGCAGAACUCUAUUCUACUGUCCAGACUGCAGGACUCCCCUCUGGGAUCAUGUGAUCCUGUCAUGUUGUGGUCGUAUCUCACCUCCCUUCAUGAUUCUGCGCGAGCGACGGCAUGGGUUUGCUGUACGACAACAGCAGACGGACAGACCAGUGCUGCCCACCACUGGCCUGCGCUGACGCCAAACAUCAUCAACCACAACACCCACUGCGGAGAAUAUCUGCGCAAUCAAAUCCUGGACCUGCUCGCUCGCCAGGGGUUGUUUGUCCAAUCAGAGUUGGAUGAUUUUGAGCAGUUGCUAUGGCGACUGGGCCAAGCUGGAGGAGUGAUGCAGGGUGGAAGCGAACCCCCCGUCCCACAAUUCCCUUCUUCACAGGGGCAAGAGUUCCACCAUCGAUUCAUUCUACACUGUCUGGAGAACAACAUGCGGUACCUGCUCUAUACAUACCUGGAGCACUACAGGCUAACUCCAGGGAAUUGUGCCGUUCUGACUGACAAGAACCUGUUCGAGAGUUUUCCCUGGUUUGAAAUGAUGCUGAAAUUACAGAGAAUCACUAGAGACCUCAAAGACCCAGAGUGGGUUUUCCAGGCGAGUUUGACUGGAGCGCAGGUUCUGUUGCCCGGAAGUCAGGCGAGCAUUAGCGGCAUGUUACUGGAGGGUCACAGUCUGCUCGCCCUGUCUACAAUCAUGUUUAGACCGGGCGGCAUCGAUCAGGCAAUGCGAGAGGGAGAGAGAGGUCAUGACCCUUUGAGUAGUGUCGACCCUCAGCUUUUGAGAAUGGCCCUGAGCGCGUAUCCUAAACUUAAAAUGGCCCUGUUCCCUCCGAGUGGCCCCCGUGGGGCCAGCGUCUGUGAUAUAUCACUGUACCACCUCAUGCAGUCUUUGCAUCCGUUGGAUUCCUCCAAGCUCUUCGGGUGGCAGUCGGCCAAUGCCGUGGGCUGCACCGAAUCGUCGAGCGAGCCGCCCCAUUUCUCCAGCUCUCAUCUCGUCAGUAAAUAUGCUCUAAUCGAGAACCUGGACUUCCUGUAUUAUCUGCGUCACGGCAGGCCGUCGUUCGCCUACGGUGUUUUUAUCGUGCAACAUCUCGUCAACUGCAGUGAUGUGAAGCUACAGUUGACUCUGGCGGCGGAUCAAGCGUACUCGUUAGGCCUGUUGAACUUCAGCUCUGCGUGUGUGUCGUCAGCGUGUGUGUGUUUCUGUGAGCUGUUGGGUGUGUGUAGCCUCAAACUGAGGGUGGAUGUGAGAUCACUGAACCUCGUACUCAAACUGUGGAGUCAGAACUGCGAGGACGGAGACGUGACAUCACUCAAACAGACGCUAGUGGAGAAGGCCAGUAAGUUGGUUUCAUCCGAGGUUCACACCGCUCAGGAGUUGUUGGUUCAUCUUGAAGCAGCAGUCAGAGACGGUUUGGAAAAGAAAGGCGUCAGUCGGUCGUCGUACGAUGCGGCGCAGGAGUGGGCACUUCCUGUCCAGUUUUGUCACUUCCACGCACUUCCUCUAAGCCCCGCCUACCCUCGGGACUGUGCACAUGACGGAAAGUGGCUCAACUUCCUGCUGUUUGUACAGCUGCACAAUUACCCUCUCGAACAGGUGAGCUGUCUGGCUGACGGUUUCAAUCCAGCUCUUCAGUCCCACAUUUCAUUGGCGUUCCAAGAUCUUCAUAAGACUCUGGAGGUUCAGGGGAACACCGUCAGCUCUUUCCCCAGAGACGAGAGCUCCAAUCCCCCCAGAGAACUGUUCCAGGUGCUGCUGCAGAGCCAAGAGAAACCCAGUCCCUGGAGAUACCUGCUGUCUGAAGCCGUCCGUCAGCACAGUCCUCCUCUAUCAGUGCUGGCCGCAUGUCACCAGGGUGCCGAGCUGCUUCAGUGCCUCUGUGUGUGGAUAUUGACAUCUGUAGAUGAUGACAUCACUCAGGAAGCCACCGCCCACAUCAAUGAGAGCCCAGGCCAUCACGUGUGGAACCUCCAUGACCUGUCAAUCUUAUGGAAGACCCUCCUCCGCAAGAGCAAGUUCAGGCCUCUGAUUCGUGGCUUUCAGCUGUUUCAGAGAGAGUCUCCGCUGAUUUACAUGUUAAACAUGUAUGAACUGUGUUUUGAUUACAAAGAUUACCAGAAAGCCAAAGACAAACUCCUGGAGUUCCAGAAAUGUCUUCUCAAUUUGAGAAGCAGCAGUGCUGUGUCGAGUUCAGAUGUUCUGCCGGUUCAGUGGGUCGAAUCUCAGGCAUCAGUUCUGUUACUGACUCUCCUGAAACAGAGCAGAACUCAGUACGAGCUGCGACGACUUCUGCAAUUACUUGUUGACAUCGAGCGACUGCUCAAAUCUAAUGGUCCAGACUUUAAGAAGCUCAGUCAGUUGAGUCAGGUGUUGUCGGAGACGCCCGUGUCUCUGUCUGCGUGUCUAUUGGAGGAUUAUUCCACAGCUGUCCUGCAGAAUGAGUGCAGGAAGAUACAGGAACAGCUGCAGGAUUCUGGUCUCUUCUCACAGGCCCGGAAAGUUGCAGAAUUAGCGGAUCUGCCCAUCGACUGCCUGAUCAUAAAUGAGCUACGGCGAGAUCUGAGUGCUCUUAAAGCCAAACGUCAGUGGGAGAGACAGGAAACGCGACUGGCGUUCUGGAGACGAUGCCACGAGCAACUCAAGAUGGAUGGCAUAGAAUCGGAGGCGGCCUGUCAGUUCUUCCUGUCACAGGCGGAGGAGCCGCUACUAACGGAUUCAGAGCUGAUUCAGCUUCAGGAACGCUGCCUCCUGCUGGGCUUAGCGGGUCAUUGGCUCUCGCGGUGUGACCCGCCUCUCCCCGUCCAGCGGCUCGCUGAUUUGGAGAAACGCCAGUGGGAGUGUCGUAUCCGCUGGCUGGUGCUUCAUAACGCACUCGAACAGGAGAGUUUGUUUGCGCCGUCCGCGCUCUCCGAGAACUCCUUUGAAAACCACCUGAAAGAGUUUUCGUUUUCUAAAAUGAACGCCCUGAACGACACGGCGCAUUUGAGGCUGGAGGGGCUUCCCGCGACCGAUGACGUCUGUCAGCUGUCAAAAGAUGAUCGGAAAGCGCUGGCCGCUCUGAUUGGUCAGCUGCUGAACGAGGGUAGCGCGAACGAAGCGAGUCGCGUGUGUCGGUAUUUUGGCUUUUUUCACAGGGACGUUUGGCUGGUGUUGAAGUGUCGCGGAUUAGCCUGCGGAGAGCUCCAGCCGGGACCGCAAGAACUUCGCAGUCCCGAUGGAGAAACAAGACAUAGUUUGACAUCAUCUCCAAGCAUGGGCAGUCUGUCGUCGUUUGUGGUCGUCCCAUCACCUGAUGAUCAGGUUCUGAACCAACUCAAACAACUCGUGGAUCAAUGCUGCAGCGGCAAGAGUUACUGUAAACAAGUGCUCAGCCUUUAUGAGCUGUCAAAGGAGCUGCAGUGCACGUAUGCAGAGAUCUCGUCUGAAGAGGCUGAGGCGGUUCUCCGUAAAGUUCUCCUCUCGCAGCAGUCGGAUCGCAUUAAGAAAGCACAAGCGUUCAUUAGCGUUCAGGGCCUGCAGCCCGACGCCGUCGCCCGCCUCAUUUCCUGUGCUGUAGUCGAGGGUCUGCUCGCAUCGUCUCAGGACGGAGACACAGGAGAGCGGUUGAUGUACUGUCCAGCAGAUGGGAGAGAGACGUUCCUUCAGCUCGCCAAACUGUGUGGUGAUCCAAACCUGGUGGGCACCAAAUUACUGGACAGCAUCCCGACUGUCCCUCUGUCAGAGCUCAGCUGCACUGUGGAGAUAUUGAUUUUGGCUCAUGAUUGCUUCAGUCUCACCUGUAAUAUGGAGGGCAUUGUUCGGGUCCUCCAGGCGGCACGACACCUGAGUCACAGUCACCUGGCAAACGGUGAAGGUUACGGACUACUGGUGCGCCUGCUAACGGGUAUCGGCAGGUACAACGAAAUGACGUAUAUAUUUGACCUGCUACAUCAGAAUCAUCGCUUUGAGAUGCUCCUGAGAAAGAAAGUUGAGUCGAACGUCCAACUGAAGACAGCUCUGUUGGACUACAUCAAACGCUGUCUUCCAGGUGACAGCGAGAAACACAACAUGGUGGCUCUGUGCUUCAGUAUGUGCCGAGAGAUCGGAGAAAAUCACGAGGCCGCCGCAAGAACACAACUCAAAAUCAUCGAAUCACAGCCGUGGGUGAUCACGGCAGAACUGAAGAAUGCUUUAGUGAAGGUUCUCACUCUAUUGAAAGAUGCCGCCGAGAGCUACUCGAAGGACUCGUGUGUGCGUCAGGCCGUUAAAUGUGUGAAAUUGGCCAAACUUGUCACUCUUCAGCUGCACUUCCUGAAUCACGGACAGGAUGAGCGUGUCAUCAACCUGCGACCAGCAGAACUCCAGAACGCCAUUGUGGCUCUGCCGCGCUGUUACCAGGCGUUUGUGUUGUCUGAAGCGUACGACUACAGCCCGGACUGGGCCGAGGUUCUGUUUCAAAAGGUCAUCCUGAAAGGAGAAUUUAACUACCUGGAGGAGUUUAAACGUCACAGAUCGCUGACCGCAAGCCUGUUUGAAGACAUUUCGAAAAAAAUGUCGCAUCACAAACCGCCGGCGAGCUCCAGUCAGAAUCUGAAGAAGCUUCUGUCGUACUGCGAGGACGUUUACACGCAUUAUAAACUGGCGUACGAGCAUAAGUUUCUGGAUGUGGCGAACAUGCUGCUCCAGGACUCCAAAACAAACAGCUUCCUGAAGGACCGACUGGGAACUUAACUAGAGAUUUCUCACUGAAACCGCACUGACUAAAUCUGAUCAAUGUAAAUGUUAAUGUUGUAUUAACUAUGCAGUGUUUGUACUAGACAUGAAUUGAUCAAAUCACGAUCUAAUAUGCAAAUAUGUUAAAAUGUUUCAAGACUAAA